UAAAACAGGUUUAGGAGCGGUUAAAUAGUUUAAUCCGGCAACAUUUUGCCAGACGGUAUAGUGUAAAGUAACACCGCAAUGUUGGCGGCGGAUAACAACUGGCCACAACAUCUUCAUCACUAUCAUUCAAUGGCGGAGGUAGUUAUUUUGUGUGUGCAGGAUAACAAGACAACAGGCCCAUUCAAGUGCGAAGGCUAAAUGCCACGCCAGCUAGUCUCUUCAAAUUAAUCAGUCAUGCUGAACUUUAGUGCAAGACACACCCGUAACUGGGCACAAAUCUUACGGAAAAAUGCCUUAAGUGAAAAGUGGCAUGCAAAUUAAUUGAUCCUCACUCUCACUGCGCUGACGCAGAACUCAAUUUGACAUCUCUGCCUAUUAUCAGCAACGCUACGCACCCACUCAACAACAUCACCACCAGCUGCAGCACCAACAAAAACUUCAACGUCAACUGCGUCAUUUAAAUAGUUAUCCGAUGGCGCCGAGUGUUUGUCAAAAUUCACCAAAAUUAACUGCAGCCGCUGCACAUAGCGCCACCGUGACCACGACCAUUGGUGGUGGUGGUGGCGGCGGUACAACAAUCUCUGCGCCAUCCAUUACACAGAAAAGCAAUUGCGGUGGCAGCAGCAUUAACGGCUCUAUGGCUUCGUACAAAAUGUCCAGUUCGGAGAAUAGCUGGUCACAGGCUGUUUUCAAUAAGGAAAAUCAGCGCCCACCAGUCUAUAAUCCAGAGGACUACGUGCAGUCCUUGAAAAAAUUCGGUAAACGUCAGAGUGGGCAAAAUGUGCGUUCAAUCUAUGAUAACCAUAAUGAAACAACGGCAACAACAAAUAGCGGUCACAAAGAUGAGAAUCAUAAAUCAUUGACAUUGCCACAUAAGCAUGCAGAAUACAAAAGCCCCAUACCGGCAGCGCCAGAGAGUGAUGGUGAGAUGUCCUUGCGGCAGUUUGCGUCAGUAACGGACUUACUGACAAAACUUCGUGCAGAUCUAAGAGUCUCGUUUCCAAGCUUCGUUCAGGAAUUCGUCGCAACACCUUCAGACGGCAUCAGUUUACUUCUCGAAGUGCUCCGCGCCAUACAACUUUCCCAAACGAGCAACUCUCCCCUCACUCCAAAUCAAAUGUCCGCCUCAAUGCCACGAAAUGCGCCCUCCUAUCAGAGACGUGCGUUGCUUGACGAGUUGGCUUGCCUCCAAUGCCUCAGCAUUUGCUGCUCUCGUUCGUUGGACGCAACCGCCCGUUUGGGCACAACGCCAGUCGGUCUAAUGCCUUUGGCCUCCUCGGCUACAGGUCAGGGCAUACGCGCUCGCAUCUUGGCCAUGCAACUGAUGUCAGCCGCUUGCGAUAAGACAGCGCUGGGACAUGGUUCACAAAAAUCGGUCACAGCUGGGCAUACAGCCGUCUCAGAGGCUAUGUCAACGUUACGUUUACGCUGCAGUGAACCAGUACGUUUCCGUCUGCUUGUGGGGAUGCUCAACAGUGGCGGUGGUUCGGGCGAAUUGCAGGCAGUGGGAGUCAAGUUUAUUAAUUCCUUCUUGGAGAGUUCGGAAAAUCUACAACAGCGUUUGUAUCUGCAAGCAGAACUGUUUCAGGCCGGUUUCGAGCCAGGUUCUUUAGCCAAGACAAUUUCAUCGGCUUCGUCUUGGCUGGAAAAAUUACGCAAUGAGAUAAAACGUUUUCACGAGCUUUAUGUAGAUGUGGACAAAAUGAUCACGCAGGCGCGUGAAGCCGAUCGUGUGCGCACUCAGAUGGUCAUAUUGGAACGCCGAGUGCAGAUCCUACACGAGGAGAAAGCCGUUCUCACCUCUAUGGAACGUCGUCUGCAGGAACGUUGUGCCGAGUUGCAGCGCGAAAUAUUCCGCCUGCAGGGCGCACAGAAUGAAAAUACCUUCAAAUCGCUAGACAAACAACCCGUAGCGCUGCCACGACAUGUACCGCCGGGCAAGAAUGAUAGCGAACAUGAAGAUGAGGGCAUAAGCAGCUCGGAGACGGGCCCCUCACUUAGUCCAGUGCCCAUAUUGGUGUUACCUCAGAAAGCAGGCGCUUCCAUGACCACCAAACAACAUCUUAAAAACAAAUCCAAAUCACCGGAGAAUUCAACGGGCGACAGCGGUGCUGCCACCGGCACUGCCACCACCAUUGAGGAUGUUAUGCAAGAGCUGGAUCACGUUGUGAGCGAGGCAGAGAAACAGAUAUCGACAUGCCAACUACAGCAACAACAACAGCACCACCAACAAAUCAAGCAGCAGCUAAGCCAGUCCAAGGCCGCCAAGGAAAAGGAUAUUGUACCGGUGAAUAUUGUGCCACAACCACCACGUAAAUCGCGUUCACUCGCACAUCUCGUCUCACAAGCGGAUGGCUCCGAGCUAGACGGCUCCGAAUAUGGCAUGUUAGUGUUACAAAAUCAUGGCGAUGGCGCAGCCGUGGAACGCGUCACAGCGCUGCAGACAUUCUUCGAUGAGGCGGACUAUGAGCUACCCGCCGAUAUAGAGAAGCCAUACAUUAUCGAAUCGCCGGAUAUACCGGAAGUGAAUGCAACCAACGUCGCAUACAAUGCGAGCACGACGCGUGAAUUGCUUGAUGUCAUAAUGAAUGCACGACACACUGACGACGAUCCGACAAUGAAAGCCUUUCGCGAAGCGAGUAACCAACACACGCAUCAACACCCACAUCAGCACCAACACCAACACCAGCACCAGCAUCACCAACAUAACAACAAUGGUGGCGGCGGAAAUGCAAAUAAUUGUGUUAGUAAACGACAAAGUAUGUCAGCUGCUGCACCACCACCACCACCGCCUUUGGCAGCCAAGAAGCCACAAGCGCCAGCGCAACACUUCAACGGCGUCUUCUUUAUGACGGGCAUGAAUACGCCGCAAAAGUAUCCAAAGCCAGAUGUAACAGCUGCGUUGCAAGCGCGUCGUGUGACCAAAAAUGUGGAGCGUCUCGAAGCGGCUUUUGCUUCAUCCAGCCACGAAUCAUUGUUGGAAGGCGGUACCCCGCAAGUGGUGCAUCAUGUGGUGCGUGAGAAAUCGCACAGCAACCAACAGAUCUAUUUCGGCAGCAAUCCUGCAAUGCGUCUUAGCAGCGGCAGUAAUGGCGGUGGCACCAAGAAUGGGGGUGGCAACAACGUGACAGUGCUGGUGCAACACGGUGCAGGCAUGCAGACGGCGCAACAGGCGAGCAACAGUGCGACGAUGCGCACACGUUCCUGCCCGCAAGGCUCAAAAGUGACCGAUACGGUAUCGGGAUUGUAUUGAGAAGCAAUGGAAGUUUUGUAUUUGAAAAAUGUGAAGCAUUUAUUCGGUGUCUAAUUAGACGAAGUAGUCAUUGAAGUGGAAUUGGAUUUCAAUUCUUAUUCAGCUCGAAUUGUAAUUAGUGGGUGGAGUUUAGCAUAAAUUUAUUUGAAAGGAUCUAGAUUUUAGUGCUACUCUUGAACUGGAAGCUUACGUGAACUAGUGCUUUAAACUCUUUUAUUGUAGAAAAAAUUGGUAUAAUUCGGACUAUGGGCUAUUUUUAAAGCCACUUGAGAAAUUGCGAUUUUUUUCAUUUACAAUAUUCACAAUAUUUUUUAUACUAAAUUUUUUUGUUAAUUAAAAAAAACAUAGUGACAGGUUUUCGUAUAAAUCAAAAUUCCAAACUUUGCAUAAAAUUCACAAAAAUUUAACGAAUUUUUCAAAUUUUUAAUCAGAAUUUUUACAGAGCUUCUGAGUAUGCAGUUUUAUAGCUCAUUCAAUUUUAGUUUAAUAAAGUGUAAAUUAGAAGUCGUUCAAAAAUAGCGCUGAUUUUUGAUAAUUUUUUUGUUUUGCAUACAAUGUUGACAAUUUUCUUUCAUAAAGCUCAUGUGCGAAAGUCUAUAAACGCAAGUGUAUGUAUUUAUGUUUGCAUAUCAGCUGAAAAUGGGCAGAACAUUUUGCUUGACCUAGUACUUAAUAUAGAGUGUGUUUUUAAGAGGUUGAUAAGUUAAAAUGAUAAUAAAAAACAAAAAUAUUGUUGUAAUGAUUUUUUUUCUAUUUAUUAUAAUCUGGCAGAUAAUUUAAUGGCAUUUAUUUUUUUGAAUUUGAUAUUUGGCGUAUAUCUGGCGCGACUACAAUUCACAUGGGCCAUUCAUCAGUCCAAUUUUUGACUACUUUUUGCGAAAAUCUGAAUUAAAAUCUGGAUUAAAUUAAAAUGAACCCCAUUAAGCAAAUGAAAAUCCUUACGUAAAAUUGUCCACGUGAUCGAAGAACAAAGGCCAACAGGUUGAGAACGACGACGAAUGGACAACAUUCCCACGACAGUCGGUUCUACGUUACCGGACCGAAUCGUAUUUAUAUCUAGCCAAGGACUGUAACUCCGGCAGCAUUCCCCGUACGUGUACAGGGAAUGUUUAUGCUGCUACAACGACAACAAUAACAACAACGAAUCGACAUUUCGGCAUCUUGUUCAACACUUCGCUCUAUGAACUUCGUGAAUAGAUUUAUUUUUUUUUUUUUUCAAACUAAAAAUAUCCACAAUAUGGCAGUAUUUUUCUGGCGUUAAAUUGCCAAUUCAUGCUGACUUGCAAAACUUCACUGAACAGAAAUGUCAACAUAGUUUGCCAUUCUUUGUUGUCGAUAUCGAUAGUUCUCAUGCAUCUAAAAAAACAUCCGAUAUAGUAAAUUUUCUAGAUAAAAUUUUAAAUAUUUUUUUU